AUUUAAAUACUUUUGUACUGAUAUGUUUUUACCUUAUAGAUUUUUACGCUUACAUUUGCUUAGAAUAUUCUUUAUGUAAACAAUUGUGAAUAUUAUUAAAAUUAUUUUCUGUAUUUUUAGUUAGAUCUAUUUUUUCUUGAAAACAUUUUUCAACUCUCUAGGAUUAGUUAGUAUGAACCUUAACAUUCUUUACACUUUAUUUUAUGAGUACUAAAAACCCUUAUAGUUUUAAUUAAUUUAUAUUUUUCUUUUCAAACAACUCGUACUAAAAACUAAUAUUUAGUACAUAAACUGGAAAUUCUUGUUUUCUUUAAUAAUUUGCAUUGCGAUUUCUAUAAUUGCAACUUAUAUUUCUAAAUCAAAAUUUUGAUAUAUAACAAAUAAAUAACAUAUAAGGGGAGUGUUUUUUAUGUAAAAUAAACAGAUUGCAAUUUAUAUUACAGUAGAAGUGUUUUAAUAAAUUCAAAUUAAGUAAAGCAAGUAUAAAAUAAUACUUUGCGAGAGAAUCAUAAUUUGAAAAUUAAAUGUAUUUCCGGUACACACAAGUGCCACCUACUUCCUACCAGUCGACCGGUAAGAAAGCGCGGGUAGCGUUACCGGUGUAGUUACUAUUUUAAUUGUCGAUAUUUAUUACAUUCAUCAGUUGUGUGAAUUAAAAGUCGAGCAAAAUAGCAAAAAUGUUUGAGGCACGUUUGGUACAGAGUGCGAUUUUGAAGAAGGUGUUAGAUGCAAUAAAAGAUCUUUUAACCGAAGCCACCUUUGAAUGUUCUGAUUCUGGUAUUCAAGUACAAGCUAUGGAUAAUGCUCAUGUCUCCUUAGUUUCUCUUAAUCUUAGAAGCGAUGGCUUUGAUAAAUAUAGAUGCGAUAGAAAUUUAUCAAUGGGCAUGAGUAUUGCAUGCAUGUCCAAAAUUCUACGAUGUGCUGGUUCCGAAGAUACAGUGACAUUGCGAGCAUUGGAUAAUCCAGAAAAUAUUAUAUUUAUAUUUGAAUCACCAAAUAAAGAAAAGCUUGCAGAAUAUGAAAUGAAACUUAUAAAUAUGGAUCAGGAACAUCUUGGUAUUCCAGAUACUUCAUAUUCGUGUGUCGUAAAAAUGCCAUCUCAAGAAUUUUCACGUAUCUGUAGAGAUUUGAGCCAAUUUGGAGAAUCCAUAACUUUUGCAUGUUCUAAGGAGGGUAUAAAGUUCAGUGCUUCUGGAGAUUAUGGACAAGCCACUGUUAAGUUAGCACAAACAGCAGAUGCAGAUAAUGAAGAAGAAGCAGUAGUUGUCAAUAUGCAAGAACCAGUCAAACUAACAUUUUCAUGUCGUUACCUUAAUUGUUUUAUAAAGGCUGGGCCUUUAUGUGCACAAGUACAACUAUCAAUGUCUAAUGAUGUGCCCCUAGUAUGUGAAUACAAAAUUGGAGAUAUUGGACAUAUUAGAUAUUAUUUGGCACCAAAAAUUGAUGAUGAUGAAGAAAAUUAAAUUUUUAUACACUUUCAAACUUUUAAACAUUUUUUUUUAGUGUAUAAGUCAAUAACAUCAUAAAUAUAAUGUAUUAUAGCAUUGCUUUAA